AUGCUCAUGGCGCAGGGCAAGGGCGUCCGAGAGGGAGAAGAGGGAGGGAGGGAGGGAGGGAAAGAGGCAACGGUGUUGUUCACGUUGCAGAAGACAUUAAGGGACGAGGGUGUUCCGGGGCUGUACAGAGGCAUGGCGCCAGAGCUCACCCGCGGAGUGCUUUCUGCGGCCUUAAUGCUCAUGAUCAAAGAGCGGCUCUAUGACUUCAAUAAGCGGAUGCUGCUGAAGACGAUGAGGACGUAAGGGAUGGGGAAGGGAGGAGAAUGGGGAUUCGCGUGCACGAAUGCACAAGGCGAAGGACGGAGGGUGAAGAUUGAGAAGGAAACGUAAAAAGACGGAAAAUUUAAAGAAAUAAACGG